AUGGAUAGUAGGUUUGGAGCAUGUUGGCGCUGCGGUCGCCCGGGUGGGACGAAGUGCGCCGCCUGCGAGCUGGCGCUGUACUGCAGCUCGGCAUGUCAGGAGAGAGACAAGAUUCGUCAUGAGGUGGAGUGCACCAAUUGUGCCAUAAAGCACACAUGUUCAGUUUGCUCAACGGUUGCAGGAGACACCAAGACGUGUGCAAACUGUGAGAGGAUCUGGUACUGCAAUGCAACCUGUCAGAGAGCUGACUGGAGUCGCCACAAACAAUCCUGCAACGAAACUCGAGAGAAAAUAGUGAAUGUUGCCAGAGUACUUCAAAGAGUAUUUGGUCAAGUACAGAACAUGAGCAGCUUUCCCUACUAUUGGGGGAACUCCCAUGCUCAGGACUUAAUCAAGAUAGACCAGAAUGAGGGCGAGUAUCCCGACAAAAUGGCCAUUCUGUUGGCAGGCGUCGGCAACCUUCGAAACGUCAUGACCACAGUUGCCGGACUGAAGCCGUCGUUUGAAGGGAGUAUCCAUUUUGUUCUGAAUGAUAGUAACUCCCAGGUAUUGGCCAGGAACGUGUUGUUCCUGCACAUCCUGUGGAAAUACCAAGGAGAAGAGAAGGUCGCCAAAAAUCUGACACAGAUUUGGUACUCAGUAAAGAUCACGGAAGAAGAGGCGACGAUGGCUCAGGAGUGUCUGGCGGAACUCCUGUCACUGCCCGAUGAUACAAACACGCUAUGUGGAGGUAGAGUGACCAUAUCAGCAGAGCACUGGGUUAAGAUUCGGCCUGUGUUUCAUCUGUGGCUAUCCCUUCUGACCGGAGAAAGAAACAUGCAGAAAAGUCCACAAGAACAGCUUCAACUUACCUACGAGAUGGCCAGGGAAGGUGUGCGUCUGUAUCUGCGAAACAUCCCACGCCGCCAUCGGGAAUCGGCAGAAAAUUGGUUCAAGACCGGGAUUCUCCUUUCCAAGUCAGACCCAAGACGCAAACGUGCCUGCCGUGACAAUGCCACUCUGGCUGCCUGGAACCCUGCGCACGACGCAGUCUUGAGGACCGAUCAAAGAUUGCCGGCUGUCGCCCAACACGUUGGAGAGAUUGCAGCAGGCAUCAACGAUGACGCAAUGCCCUUCUCUGAUUGGGACUAUCUUGAAGUAAAAGCGCAAAAUCCUGGAAAAGAUCUCAUGAAGAUGUACUCUCACUACAUCGAUGACGUUGAAAGGAAAUUUGCCGGCCUUUUCAACCAAGGCCGCGUGUCCUGCCAUGUGAUUCUAGAUGACUGUCUGAAUGUACAGGGGCACCUUCCUGUGGAGGUUCAGUUUGAUCGAAUCUUUACCAGCAACAUCAGCGACUACAUCAACUACCCCGUUCUUCUGGAGAAGCUUCGUCCUCUGUUAAGGAAAGACAACCCUAAAUCUGUCAUCAUCACGGAGUUUAUCAACUGGUCCAUGUAUUUUCCCGGAGAAGUGACCCCACCCCAACAUGAUCCCCCGUUGACCAUGCAGUUAUUCAGCAGCGCCGUAGAAGACCUCCGGCACGAGCCAGACCGACCAGACUGGGUCAGCGGGCGUGCCGAUAUGAUGACUAUCUUGCUCGGCACAGGACUGGCGUCGGCAGCAGACUAUUUUGACAACUGGGGCGUGUUCAAGCACUAUCUCCGUGCUGCCCUGCUGGCUCACAAGUGUCCCGAGUCCUCCUACACUGUUCUCAGUCCUAAGGACGUGCCCAAGAUGUCUGAGGUCCGUAGCGUCAGCGGGAUGAAGAUGCGAAACUUCUUGAAGGAACUGAACACCGUCUGCCCCUUCCGCAACCGAGUCAACGUGCGUCGAGUCACCAAACUCCAUGGACACCGAAGCGUAUUGGAGUGGACAUUGCCAGAAAGUGUUUGAGAUGAGGCAGAGAUAUCCUU